GUCAAUGUUUCGGUCGGCCAUCAGGUGGAGGGGAGCCCCGGUUGAUGACGGUGCCGGUGGCGGCGGGCUGUACGAUUUUAUUUAACCCAAAAAGUUAGAAAGUGUGAAAAACGACGCGUUCACUCGCCCAGCCCCCGAAGGAUGCUGAAGUCUAAGAGUUUCAUCAAGAAGACGCGGUCGGGCGGGGUGCUGAAGGUGGUGCGGGAGCAUUACCUGCGGGACGACAUCUUGUGCGGCUGGGCCCCGUGUGAGGAGUGCGGCUCGCGGGGCGGCUGUGCCACCCCCACCCCCUCCCCGGGACAGGGACAGGGCCCCGGGGGCCUCACCGACGACCCCCACACCGACAGCCAGCUGUGCCCACAGCCGCACUACCUCCUGCCCGACACCAACGUGGUACUUCACCAGAUUGAUAUUCUUGAGAAUCCUGCGAUCCAGAAUGUGGUGAUCCUGCAGACGGUGCUGCAAGAAGUCAGACAUCGAAGUGCUCCUGUAUACAAAAGAAUUAAGGACGUAAUUAACAAUCCUGAAAAGCAUUUUUACACUUUCACAAACGAACAUCACAAAGAUACCUACAUAGAGCAAGAACAAGGUGAAAGUGCAAAUGACAGGAAUGACCGAGCAAUACGGAUAGCAGUGAAGUGGUAUAACGAACAUCUCAAAAAAUCACAUAAUAACACCCUGCAACUUCAGGUUGUCUUGAUAACAAAUGACAGAAAAAACAAAGAGCGUGCUGUGGAAGAUGGCCUGGUAGCAUUUACAUGUGAUGAAUAUGUCAAGAGUUUAGUUGGGAAUCCUGAACUAGUUGAUCGCCUGGCUUGUGUUUCAGAUACAGCUAAUGACAUUGAGAGUGGUAAGCUGAUCUUCAGAGAACAUCUGCCUUUAUCCAAAAUACAGCAAGGUUUAAAGUCUAAUCACUUCUUGCAAGGGACCUUCCGUGCUAACAGGGACAACUAUCUCGAAGCCACAGUCUGGAUCCAUGGAGAAGAAGGAGAGAACAAAGAUAUUCUUAUACAGGGGCUCAAGAAUCUCAAUCGAGCUGUACACGAAGAUGUAGUGGCAGUAGAACUGCUCCCCAAAGAGAUGUGGGUGGCACCAUCAGCUGUUGUACUUCAAGAUGAAGGGCAAGUUGAAGCUGAUGAAGAGGAUGAAAGAGAAGGCCUUCUGAAGACUGUUACAGCUAGAACAUUUUCAAAGCCAACUGGUAGAGUAGUAGGAAUAAUUAAAAGGAACUGGCGGGCAUACUGUGGCAUGAUUUCCAAGUCACAAAUUAAGGAGUCAACAAGACACUUGUUCACACCAGCAGACCGCAGGAUUCCUAGGAUUCGAAUAGAAACUCGACAAUCCUCUGCACUUGAGAACCAGAGAAUAAUUGUUGUAAUUGAUGCUUGGCCCAGAACGUCUCGAUAUCCUAAUGGACACUUUGUGAGAAGUCUUGGAAAUGCUGGGGAUAAAGAAACAGAAACCGAAGUUCUUCUGCUGGAGCAUGAUGUCCCUCACCAGCCUUUCUCACAGGCUGUGCUUAGUUUUUUACCCAAAAUGCCAUGGGUAAUCACAGAAGAGGACUUAAAAAAGAGGAUGGACCUCCGAUAUCUCUAUAUCUGCAGUGUGGAUCCUCCUGGGUGUACUGAUAUUGAUGAUGCUCUGCAUUGCCGAGAGUUGGAAAAUGGAAACCUGGAGGUUGGAGUGCAUAUAGCAGACGUGAGCCACUUUAUCCGUCCUGGUAAUGCCCUAGAUCAAGAGUCAGCAAAUCGAGGGACCACAGUAUAUCUUUGUGACAAGAGAAUUGACAUGGUUCCUGAAUUAUUGAGCUCAAAUCUCUGCUCCUUAAGGUCCAAUGUUGAGAGGUUUGCAUUUUCUUGUAUUUGGGAAAUGACACACAAUGCUGAAAUUCUACAUACUAUGUACACAAAAAGUGUUAUUAAUUCAAAGGCAUCACUCACAUAUGCUGAAGCACAAAUGAGAAUCGAUGAUGAAAGCAUGAAUGAUGAGGUUACAUUAGGACUUCGCCGUUUAAAUAAACUAGCAAAAAUUCUAAAAAAGAGAAGAAUUGACAAUGGAGCUCUAACACUGUCUUCUCCUGAAGUGCGAUUUCAUAUAGACAGUGAAACCCAUGAUCCAAUCGACCUACAAACCAAAGAAUUAAAAGAAACUAAUUCGAUGGUAGAAGAAUUCAUGUUGCUGGCCAAUAUUUCAGUUGCACAGAAAAUUUAUGAGGAGUUUUCAGAAUGUGCAUUACUCAGAAAGCAUCCAGCACCUCCACUGUCAAACUAUGACAUCCUUGUCAAAGCAGCAAAAUCCAAGAAUUUAGAUAUCCAGACUGAUUCAGCCAAAGCCUUAGCGGAUUCUCUGGAUAAUGCUGAAGUUCCUGGUUCUCCAUAUUUGAAUACACUCUUGCGAAUCUUGACAACGCGUUGUAUGAUGCAGGCAGUUUAUUUUUGCUCUGGAAUGGAUACUGACUUUCAUCACUUUGGUCUGGCUUCACCUAUCUAUACUCAUUUCACAUCACCAAUCAGAAGGUAUUCUGAUGUAAUAGUACAUCGUCUUUUGGCUGUGGCAAUUAAUGCUGAUUCUACCUACCCAGAUCUCAUGGACAAGCAUAAACAGCAAGCUUUGUGUAAUAACCUUAACUACCGUCACAAAAUGGCACAGUAUUCUCAGCGGGCUUCUGUGGCAUUCCAUACCCAGUUAUUCUUUAAAAACAAAGGAAUUGUUGAUGAAGUUGGUUAUAUCCUUUUUGUGAAAAAGAAUGCCAUUGUAGUCCUCAUUCCAAAGUUUGGUUUGGAGGGUACUGUCUUAUUUGAAGAGAAAGGCAAACAAUCCCCAAAGUUGCACUACAACCAAGAGGUCCCAUCUUUAACAGUAGAAGGCACAAUGUUCAACAUGUUUGACAAUGUAACCGUAACAAUCACAUUGGAUGCAUCAAAUGUCCAACAUCAGAAGAUUCGAAUGGCACUGGUCGACCCAGUGAUUCCUGGAGUUAGUGUUCCAAGAAAUACAUCACAGAAAAAUACUAGUAUUGAAGAACCUGAGAUGAAAAAAGCUAAGCUAAACUAAGAAAGUUCCACUCUUCCUGGCUAUCACUCUUGAUAAAUAAGUUCUAGUUCAUUUAACACAAAAUAUCUGUUUUAAGUGAAGAUAAAUAUGUAUAAUGCAUAAAAUCAUAUGAUUUAAAUGUUUUUAUAACUCAAUGUUUUGAAUAAAAUGUUGAAUUUUUAUACACUUUCACAUUUUUAAAUGGAAUUCAUGGUAUAUUUUCAGUAUAUUCUGUUUUUAUUUCAAAAAGUCAGUAGAAUGUGGCACGAAAAGUAAAAGUUAAUGCUUUAUGUCUCUGACCCUUGAUCAGAAAUUGAAUGCUUUGAGUAAGGGAUGGAUGAGACAAGGAAUAAAGGAGGCCUGCGAAACUUUCAAAGACAGGAAAGAUAAAUGACCAACAGAAUUGCAGGUCUUCAGGGGUUAAAGAGGACAGGAUUUUGAACUAUGUAUGUCACGCUGUGUAGAUUGGUUGUUAUACUGCAGUAAGGAGAGCAGUGCAUUGAAAGUUACCACACUGAUUUAUCUCUUGAAGACCAUAACAAAUCAAUUUAAAAACUAACUCUGAUCCAUUUCAAAUAAUUGUUUGCUAUAAACAAAAGUUUCAAUUUAGCCUCCAUACAAAUGACCAACAAUUUAAGCAGAGCAAAUUCAACUCCCAUUUUGCACUGAUUUUUCUUCUUUUCCACAUUCUAUUGCAGCAUGUUUAAAGUCAAGUUUUUAAAAAUGUUGUAAACUGACUUUGAUAAUUAUUUCAUUAAACAAUAUUGUAGUUUUUUUAGUAGUGGAGUACAUGACUAUAAAUUAUUUAGUACAUUAGUGUGAAAAAGUGUUUCGAUGUACACACAGAAUUAUCUUAGAUAUUUUCUCAAAGCUUUUUGUAUGGCAAAAUUAGAAUUUAAGAAAUAUCUCAGUAACAGGAAAACAACAAUGUGUUUUCCCUUUAGUUUGAUAUUCUUUGCACACUGUCUUAAGUACCAAGAUGAAAAGGUUCAAUACAGUACUUUUACAGCAAUAUUUGAGUUCUAUACUAAAUCUGAGGUGGUGGUACAGGAAAGACCAAAUGAAAGGAUUGUAUGAACUAAUACCUAAGUAUAGAUCUGUCACAGUCAAUUAUCCAGUGAGCACACUUGUUGUUUGAGGAGUUUUGUUAAUAAAUGUAGGAGCAGAUCUCUGAUCAUUUUGUGUAUGAGGAUUCAUAUCCUAUCUGGAUCCACUUUGAUGGCUGUGGAACACUUAAACGGGAUAUUUGAGUCUCUUGGACUUCUCUGAUAAUCUAGAUAAUCCUCUGAAGCUUGGGAAAUCCAAACUUGCAUGCAGGAAAACCCUGCCUUAACCAAGACAAACAUUUAUUGUAAUAUUGUUUCCUAAGUUACACAGGUUACAAUACAUGAAAAAUAUGUUCUGAAUUGGUAGUCCUUUGGUGAUAUGAUAAUAUGUUUGAAGUGCUUUGGAUGUCCUAAGGUUGUGAAAGAUGUUACAUAAAUGCAAGUUUGUCUUUUACCACUGCCUUGGCUAUAAAUCAAAACCUACUAAAUUAAAUUUGUCAUCUCGAGAUCUUCAGAAACUGACACCUGGAUAUCAAUUGUGCUAACUUGUGAACCCAUUUCUCAUGAUAUUCGAUUCUGUCCAGCACUCGUCACUCUAGCUAUGUCUUAACUGCAUGCACAUUGCCUUUAAAACCCUCAAAGCCCUCUCUCUGAUCCUCACCACAAGGCUCAUAUAUUGAUCUUGCCAAGUUUGGAAAGUGAAUUUAUAAAGUUGGUGAUAUGACAAUUAAGCCAAUGUCCUUCGUGGAAGAAAACCAGCCACUUUUCUGAGUAUACUUAUAUCUGAUUCCAGUCACAGUCAUACUUGAUCUUUAGUGCACUCUUUGAAAUAUGUGAUAUUGCUAGCGUAGCCCCAUCCCCAACAUUAUUUUACAAGUAUUGCAGUAAGAAAAAUAGCAUGUUAAAUGCACUAAAAACAUCUAAAAAUUAAUUUGUUUCAACAAUAUAUUCCAACAAUUUCCAUUGUUUUGUUUCCUGACCAUCAUUACCUCUAAGAUAGACCUACUAUUUUGCAAUAUAAAUGCAGCACUAAUUCAGGAAAUUGAGUAGCUCGUCUAUAUAAUGAAUGAUGAAUCACACGGGAACAGGUUUUGUCAUAAGAUUUGAUGGUGUGCAGUCUGCAGCCAUCUGUGAAGGAUCUGUCAAUGCAGACAAAGAUUGUGAAAUUCAGCUUCGGGACAUUGAGAGAAAUAUCCAAAGCAGCAAUAAGAGCAACUCGCCAUUAUCUGAGCCUGACAAAAGUCAAUGGGACUAAACAGAAUCUUGGAAAAGCAUUGCCUGUUCCGGGUCCCUUAAAUAACAUGUCCCCCAGUUGAUUAGCCUGGGGCUCUGAAUUACUAGUACUGUGAUAUAUUCUCUACACCAUCUCCCUGACCAAGCCAAGCUCUGGACUAAUUAGUGCUGCUGCUUCAAUGGGUACCAGACUACUUUCAGCUUCAAUCAAUAGGUAUCCAAAAAUAAUGUAAUCAGCUGUGAUGCUGACAGCAAUGGGAUUGAAGAAGCCACAAAAUAUGACUUUAACAUUAAGGCUUUUGAUUCUAAUUUUAGUUUUCAGGAAAAAGUUAAUGUUCAAUCAGUGCAGCUAGGGAAAAAACUAUUGAUUUAUCAAUAAACUAUCUUUACUGUCUUGAAGAUAAUUGCCAAUAUAGAUUGUAGACUUUUUAUUAUUCCUUUCUUUGGUUGUGGACAUCAUUGGAAAAGGUCAUCAUUUAUUGUCCUGCCCUUGAGCAUUCACUUCAGAGGAUAGUUAAAAGUCAACCACAUUGCUGUAGAAAUAAAAUUGAGUACAGACCAGACGAGGAUGGCAGACUUCUUUCCUUAAAGGGCAUUAAUUAACUACACGGGUUUUUACAUUAAUCAAUGGGUGUUUCGCAGCACCAUUAGAGAUUUGCUUUAAAUUCUACCUGCUACAGUGAGAUUUCAACCUAUGCCCCUCUGGUGGUAGCCCUGGACUCUUAAAAUAUUAGUAAAAUAGCAUUACCACUACAGCACUGUAUCCCCAUGUUGUGCUCAUUGGAACUGCAUUAUAAUGAGUGUGGAUGAAGCUUUCUUGGAAUUUCUGCUGUUCAAAGAGAGCAUGAAGUUGGUAACUGUUAGAAAGUAAUCAGUUUGGGAUUGUUUUGCAGAUAACAGGAAAGACAAAGUUAGAAAAUGCACAUAUGGUGUGAUGAACUAUGAGGACACUAUUAUUGUGAAGGGGAAUAGUGAGGGUGUAAUGCCAGCAUGCAGGAAAUAGAACAGAAAACAAAUGUUAGCUGAUUAUUCCUUAGCCAUAAAACUGUUAGAGGAAGUUGAAUUCUCAGACGAAUGAAAUGAAAAAGAUUAGAACAAUCAAAUUAAUCACAGAAGUGGUGAGGUUUACAGCAUAAGCAUACAUAAAGAUGUGGACAGUACUGUGAGA